AUGAAUACUUAACCGCAUCAAAGCAGGAUGGACCAAAUCAACUUCCAGCAGCCUGAUGAGUACCCUAUCUUCAAGAAAUCGGUGAGCAUUGCGCAGAGCGAUGAAAGUAACAGUCCCCUCAGGAACUACAUUCAGCCUGAUCCAGUUCUGGACGAGGAUACAAUCGAUAAUGAGCAAUAAUAGAACGAAUAUGAGAGCCAAGCUCAGUAAUAGCAGCAAUAGUUUUAGCAAUACCAGCCACUUCUUUAACCCCCUAAAAUCAAGCAAUAAACUGUCAGUACUAGCUUUGCUUAGCCAAAAGUAGAUACAAAUAUCUAAAAGCCAAUCUAACUCUAGUAGAAAUAGCAGUGCUUGCAGCCAACUCAACAACAAUAUUCAUUUUAGCAGUAAAAUGUGAGUUAAGUUCCGAUCAUUACGAGACUUCCUCAUCACUCGCGCGUUAGAAGCUUCGUUGUUGCUAAUCACGAUGAUAGCACGAAGUCUCAGUCAAUGAUGAACUUGAGCCCACAGAUAAAUGAUCACUUAACCAAUACAAAUAACAACACAGAUAUCAUCAAUGAGAUGAUUUAGUUAAGCAUCCAAAAGCAGCAGCUAGAGAGGAAACAGCAGUAAAUCUAGAUUCAAAGACUUCAACAAGAGCUCAAUGAAAUUAACAAUGAGCUGGCAAGAUAAGAGCUCAAGAUUAAGUAUGAGAGUGUGAAGCUGCAAUAUAAUAUGAACAGGAACUAUAAACUUAAAGCCACACUCCUCUACAGUGUAAUACUUGUACUUUUGAUGAUGCUUCACAAUCUAUACAAAGGCAGGAGUAUAUCGAUGUUGGGUCAAGUGAGUUUGCUCGAUGGCUUGCAUAAUGAGUCACUUGAUGCGGAAUAAAAUGAAAUAAUCGUUAUUUCGAAUGACUUAGCAAUUGAAGAUGAUACUACCCAUAUCAAUGAGAAUGUGAAUCCAUAGAUUUAUCUUGGAGAAGAUUUUGAUUAUAGGCAAGUGAAAAACAUGGCAUUUACUUUUAACUAAUAGAAAGCUUCACAAACUUUGAAUUAUGACAAGAAUAUAGUUUAAAAUAAGAUGAGAAAAAUGAUGGCAGAUUUAUAUAGCUAUAACUCAACAAUAUUUGCCAGAUAUCAAAACUACCUUUAAGAUCCAUAUCGAUUAAUCAAUCAUAGAAAAUCAUAAUUAAAAAUGCAAAAAAUCAAAACUCCCCUCAAAAGCUAUCAGAGCAUUUAGAUGCAAGAUGAAUUGUCUAAUUAUCUAACCUAAACUGAUAUGGUAAUAGAGCCAAUAAUUAGAAAGCUUGUUGAAAUAGGGGGUUAUUAGCAACAUCAUUAUGUCUCAAUUAUUUUGAAUAACUUGGAGGUUGACAUUUAGACUUGCAAGAGCAAAAUAGCUUAAAAAGCAAGUUAGUUUAUGAGAGAUAAAGCUGAAUAAGAACUCCAUUCCAUUGAUGAUUACACAUUUUCAGAGUCUAGUAUAAGAAAGUAGAUCCUAAGUCUGAGGAUCGAAUUAGACUCAGUAAUACUUGAUGAUUGCUUUUAAAAUUUUAAAGAUCAAACAUAAGUAAUAAUGCAAAAGUUGGAGGUCUAUAGAAAUUGA